GGGCUGGCGUGGGGCGGGCGUGGGGCCGCAGGGGGCGCGAGCCGGGGCAGGGCCGGAGCGGAGCCGGAGCCCAGCCGGAGUCGGGCCGGAGGGCGGGGGCCGGACGGAGAGCAGCCAUGGCGCCGCGAAGGGCCGGGGCGCGCGCCGCUGCGGGCGGCCUGGGCGCCGAGUAGCCGGGCCGGGCCGGAGCGCGGGCGGCGGCGGCGGCGGCAGAGCAGCUGCGCCCGCGCCCCCCGCCCUCCAGGCCCCGCGCCCCGCGCCCGGGCCGCUGGCGAUGGUGACACAUGCGGCGGCGGCGCGCCGGCGGCAGGACCAUGGUUGAGCGCGCCAGCAAGUUCGUGCUGGUGGUGGCGGGCUCGGCGUGCUUCAUGUUCAUCCUCUACCAGUACGCGAGCCCGGGCUUGAGCCUGGGCGCGCCCGGCGGCCGCGCGCCGCCAGACGACCUGGAUCUCUUCCCCACGCCCGACCCGCACUACGAGAAGAAGUACUACUUCCCGGUGCGCGAGCUGGAGCGCUCGCUGCACUUCGACAUGAAGGGCGACGACGUGAUCGUCUUCCUGCACAUCCAGAAAACGGGCGGCACCACCUUUGGUCGCCACCUCGUGCAGAACGUGCGCCUGGAGGUGCCCUGCGACUGCCGGCCAGGCCAGAAGAAGUGCACCUGCUACCGGCCCAACCGCCGCGAGACCUGGCUGUUCUCCCGUUUCUCCACGGGCUGGAGUUGUGGGCUGCACGCCGACUGGACCGAGCUCACUAACUGCGUGCCCGGCGUGCUGGACCGCCGCGACCCUGCCACGCUGCGCACGCCCAGGAAGUUCUACUACAUCACCUUGCUGCGUGACCCCGUGUCGCGCUACCUGAGCGAGUGGCGGCACGUGCAGCGGGGGGCCACGUGGAAGACGUCGCUGCACAUGUGCGACGGGCGGACGCCCACGCCCGAGGAGCUGCCGCCGUGCUACGAGGGCACGGACUGGUCGGGCUGCACGCUCCAGGAGUUCAUGGACUGCCCCUACAACCUGGCCAACAACCGCCAGGUGCGCAUGCUGGCCGACCUGAGCCUGGUGGGCUGCUACAACCUGUCCUUCAUCCCCGAGGGCAAGCGGGCCCAGCUGCUGCUGGACAGCGCCAAGAAGAACCUGCGGGGCAUGGCCUUCUUCGGCCUGACCGAGUUCCAGCGCAAGACGCAGUACCUGUUCGAGCGGACGUUCAACCUCAAGUUCAUCCGGCCCUUCAUGCAGUACAACAGCACGCGGGCGGGCGGCGUGGAGGUGGGCGAGGACACCAUCCGGCGCAUCGAGGAGCUCAACGACCUGGACAUGCAGCUCUACGACUACGCCCGGGACCUCUUCCAGCAGCGUUACCAGUACAAGCGGCAGCUGGAGCGCCGGCAGCAGCGCCUCCGGAGCCGCGAGGAGCGCCUGCUGCACCGGGCGAAGGAGGCGCCGCCGCGGGGCGACGCCGAGGAAGCCGGCCGCGUGCCCACGGAGGACUACAUGAGCCACAUCAUCGAGAAGUGGUAGUGGCGGCUGGCGGGGGGGAGCGGGGCGGGGCGGGGCGGACUGACCAGCACACCCGGCCCCCAGAACUCGGGGAAGUGGACCCCCGUCCACCAGCCAGAAGGCAGAUGCGCCUUGAGCGGUGGAAGAGUGAGCCGGGCGCAUGGGUUCUUCCCGCCCUGACAGGCUGGGGUCUGAGAAAUCAGCGUGGAAGUGUGUUGAAGGACACCCCACCUGGCCUGCAGGGCUGGGAGCAAGUGGGCACCCACUCUCCUGGCCCCCACCUCAUGGUGACAAAAGCCACAGGUUUCAAGACUAGAAAAGGCCCGUGUGGUGGAGAGCGGCCCUGCCAGGUCGGGGCUGUGGCACACCCGCCAGGCACAUGGCCACCUCCCCCCAGCCUCAGGCCACCAAGCAGCCCCUCAGCCUCCGGGGAAACCCUUGCCCAGGGCCUCUGGGGGACACAGGCAGCCCUCUGAGGUAGCCUCAGGAAUGGAGCUCUCAGCUCACCCGUCUUCAAGGUCAGGGCCCACCUCGUGCAAAGCCAAGAAGUUUCUAGUCUAGCCCCUGGGCAGCCCACUCCCCUCUCUAGCCCAAGGUCAAAACCCACAGUGUGGCUUCAUGCUUUGCAUGAGGAGAUCAAAGCACAUCACCCGGGGUCCCCCACCCCACUGUCCACAGUCCCGAGACUGAGGGGGGCUGUGGGGGGAUAGCCCUGCACUACAGUGCCCUCUCCCGCGGGCAGAGGGCAUCCCAGGAGUAGGAAGGCCGUGGCUGAGGACCAUGCUGCCUGUGACUGAGCAGACCACCCAGCCUGCAGCUCAGACAGGAAGCAGGUGGAAAUCCAGAGCUCUGCCUGGCCCUGGCCUCCUUCCUGACCCUCUGGGCUUGGUUAGUGGACUGUGCCUGGCUCCAAGACCACCACUUGGACAUUCAUUUGAGGUUACACCCCAUUGCCCCCACACCCUGUGUAUCAAGUUCAGUCAGGCCUCCGAUGGCUAGAACACUGCAGACUGUGGCCGUGCCCACGAGCCCUAGUUUGGGGCCAUGGUGGCUCGGGACAGCCAGGAUAGGAUACACAGUUCUUUCAGAUUCUUAGCUAGAGUUGGAAGAAACAGCUCUGGGUGGCUUCCUUGUGCCCAGAUACACAGCCCCCCAUCCCCAGCCUCUCCCCACAUUCUCCGGUGCCCUUGCCCAUACCAGCUGGUCAGGCCUGUCCCCAGAGCCCUGCAGAUUGGAGAAGCCAUGUUCAGUCAUUGCCAACAGUUGCCCCAUGCCCAUCCCUCAGAUGUUCGAGGGGGCCAGGCCAGCGUCACCUCUGGAUGUACCCCCAUCCAUGUGAGACCUGAGAUCUGGGGAGCUGAGUGUGAGCCCCACACCUGGGGUGGACAGGCUCCUCCUCUGUCCAAUAGAGGACUUAUACUUGACUCGAGGAGGUGAGGCCCACAGCAGCCUUCUGAGCAGAUCCCCCUUGGGUUCUCCACCCCAGCUUCCCUACUGUGGAGUGAGAGAGUGGGAGCAGGGACCCUUCCACAGCACUGGGAAAGUUAGGGUGUUGUCAAAUGAGGUGGCUACCCAGGAGGCAGAAUCGUUAUUGCUUGUCUGGCAUAGGGGCUUCCUAUGCCACUGGCCACUUCGUCCUGCAGUUCAAGGGCAGAGCGGUCAGCAGACCCCCAGAGUGGACACAUCAUGCUGAGGAGGUGAGCACCAGCUGACUCAGUGGCUCUUUUGAAGGAAUGUGAAAGUCAGCAUGGGGAUCUGCUGAUACUUACGUGAGGUGGGCGUGCUCCAGGUUCACAAGAGCCCUGAGGUCUCACACAAGCGUGCGCAGUGGCCUCCCACUAGGAGGAGAGCUCAGCCCUGUUCUGCCAGAGCCCCUGGCACCCAGCCAGUAACCUGGCUACAUCAGCCCUCCUCAAGGCGGGCUCCUGAGCCGGAGGGCCUGAGUGCAGGAUCUGUUUGUACAUAAUGGAACGUUGUAGCUUAUGGCCUGUUGUCCCAGGUCACAUGGUCUCCUUGGCUUCUCUGCUGCAUCCAGGAGGAGGUCCCAGCUCCGGCCAGCACCCUGAUGGGUACCAGUGAGGGUCCCAACUGGCAUCACCCUCAGCUGCUGGGGUCUCCCAUCCAGCAUUGCCUGCUCAGGACACCCGCCCUGAGGCGAAGGCUUCUCAUGCCUGCAGCAUCUCCUCCGACACCACGGGCUGGGGCUUCAGGAAAGGGUGGCCUCCCUGCCCCUUCCCAGGGCCAGGGGACAGAAGCGAACAUGCAGUGAGCGGACAGCUCCCCCAUGCCUGCCUGCAGCGUCCCCUCUCGGAGGAGGAGUCAGGGACCGCAGUACUGUCCGAGCAAUGAGUUUGUGAACAUUUUUGGGAACUGGAAGUCUUUAACUUGAACCCAGGAGCAUUUAAAGCUUUAUUUAUUUAUAGCUUCUUAUUAAAAAAAAAAAAAGUGUUGAGAAGAAACCUUUUGGUGACUCAUACAAAAAGCGAGUUGAUGGAAACGCAAGUCAUCAUCAUCUAAUUGUUUUUGUCUAGGUCAAGAUGAAUGUGAGCAGAUGAAAUAAACCCCGAAAAGGAGCA